UUUAAGCAGCAGGUUCUUAUCGCAGACGGAGCAGAUAUUUUGGAUCAGAGGUAAGAUUUUUUUCAUGAUCAGUCGUCCUUCUUGAGGAUCUGCAUUUUCGAUUCAAUUUGUUUUGUCUGGUAGACGGAUCCGAUGAAUAUUUCUCUUGAAAUGGCUGAUUGAUGUAUGCUACUGUUUUGUUUUGCGUUUAUGCGUUCUAUUGGAUGAGUUAUCGCGGAUUGCUCGUUCUGAUCUUCUGUGCUAUUGCGGUUUCCGUCUAUGGUUUAAAUUUAUGAUACUACGGAGAUUUUACCUUUGCUUCCUCUUUCAAAGUCACUUGAUCAAGUAUUAAUGCAGCCUACUUUGGCGUUGACUUGAGUUCUCAUCAUGUUUUGAAUUAAUUGCUUGCAGCAAAUCCCAGCCGAAGUCAUUUGCAUGCUUCAAUCACGUUUUUCUAGUUUUUAGGUGUAGGUAUACAUUAAAAUUGCUAAAAUCUUCUGUGGUUGCUAUACUGAGUAUUUCUAGAUCCUAUGCUGUUUUAUAUGCUUGCUGAAGUGCCUAUUUAUGUUGUGCAUCUUCUUUUUUGUUGAUCAUGUUGGGGCUGAUUUUUUAAAAAGUAAUCGAAUCAAAUACCAUUUCAUGGCUGUUGAUUGGAUCUACAAGAAGUGAGUUGAAAUUCGUAACUGUAUAAAUGACUUCAGAUAACCAUUUGAGAAAGGAAGGAUGGCGUUAGUGUCUGGAGGAAGGUCAGGACUGAACCCAAAUGCGCCCUUGUUUGUUCCUGCUUCUGUGCGUGCGUUGGAGGAUUUCUCACCGGAAUGGUGGAACUUGAUGAACUCUGCAACAUGGUUCCAUGACUAUUGGCUCAGCCAGCAGCAGGAGGAUGGGACGAGAUAUGGUGAAGCUCUGAAUGACGAUGAUGUUGUCUCUCUGUUGCCAGAGACCAUUGAUGUUGAUGUUGAUGAGGAUGUCUUGAACAUGGAAGCUCAGUAUGAAGAAUUUCUCCAAUCAAUUGCAAGGGAGCAGAUGGCAUCUCUCGCUGGUUCCAUGCCCAUGCCAGAUUCGUCAGGUUUAUCAAAGCAGUCAUUGCUAAGGAGUCUGAGCUUUCCAAAUGGGAGGGAGUUCAAAUCGACAUUUGAGGCACCGAAGUACUAUGAGAAGCCCGCAAAGACCGUUAGCCCCAAAUGGAACACUCGCAUCAUCCACCAGCCUCGCUGAGUAUUUUAACAUUUGCGGUCGGCACCUCUGAUGUGGUUACUCAGUUGUCUUUAGUGUGUUGUUUCCUUUGCUGUUGUGUAUAGAGCAAGGUAUAUAGGUGCCCACACUUGUAACUAGCCUUGUUCAUGUCCAAAUGUAUGAAGCAGUGUUAAGAAAAAACUUGUUCUUCACAAAAACGAUAUGAUGAAAAGAAAAAAAAAACAUUUUAGUUGUAUUUCUUCUGUUUAUGAGAGAAAAUGUUGACCAAAAAUGUUGCUUGAAUGCUGUGGGCUUACAUGUAAAAGUCCAGCAGGGGUGAGCUAUUUUGGAAUUUGGAGUUUCUCUUGGUAAGAGUACGUUUUACCUCAUUCCUAAAAAUAUGCAUGAGGGAAUUACUAAAGAGAUGGAUACUAA